UCCUCUACGCGUCUUCUUCUGCCCCGAAUCCGAAGCGCGACGCGACAGGAACACGCGCUAAUCUGAAAUUUCGGACCAAGCAAUCGGUGAGCUUCGUGGCGCCAGCCAACCCCGCCAUGGCCGGCUCCACCACGGUGCUGGCCGCCAUCCUGCUCGUCGACCUCGUCGCCUUCGCCCUCGCCAUCGGCGCCGAGCAGAGCCGCCCCACGGCGAGCCUGGAGACGGACGCGAGGAACGAGUGGACCUACUGCCGCUACCACCCGGACGCGUCCACGGGGAUGGGCGGCGCCGCGCUCGCGCUGCUGCUCGUGGGCCAGGUGGUGGCCGCCGCCGCCAGCCGCUGCUUCUGCUGCGGCGCCGCGCUCCGUCCCGGCGGCGCCCGCGGCUGCGCGCUCAUGCUCUUCCUCUCCUCCUGGUUGACAUUUAUCAUUGCAGAGGCGUGCUUGCUGGCUGGGCUGGUGCAGUCUGCCUACCACACUGGUUACCGCACAGUGAUAUUUGAAAACCCACCGGACUGUGAGACGGUGCGGCGGGGCACAUUCGGAGCCGGUGCGGCUUUUGCCCUGAUCACUGGUGUGCUCACCGGGUCAUACUACUACUGUUUCUCCAAGUCGCGGGGAUCCUACCAACGCCCGGAGGCUGCCAUUGGCAUGAGCCGGUUUCAGUGAAUCUGCUGUAACACAUUGGCAAACCAUGUACUGCACUGCUGCUGCAACAUUUUUGAUAACCAUGCUAUUACUUUUUUAUUUAUAUAGAUUCUGCAUAUAUGUAUUCGAUUGCUCAGCGAGACUGACCCUGUACCCACCAUUGCCUUCGUUUCUUCUUUUUGUAUGGUAUAGAGAAGAGAAGCUACUUGAAAAGCUUUUAGCACUGUGAUUCAAUCUGUGAGGAAAAUUCGCUGGA